UAGACGGACCUUCCAACUGUGCUGUUUGUAUGUACAACUACAGAACAUAAUAAACUUGCCGGAUUACCGAAAAAGGUUAUAUAUACACAAUGAAAUAGAUAUUUCCGAAUCUCUGGCUGGUUUGUUAUUGUUGUUGGACUUCAUGGAAAGGGAAGAGGCUAUAGACUGGGGAGAGCGAUUAUAUAGAGAGGAUCCACACGGAACUGUAAACCAAAGUGACGUUUUGGUGAAGAAUGCACAUGAAGGACUGGAUCCGCCGGUGCUAGACUAUGAGAGAUGUUCUGUUAUGUCAGGACAGUGUUUGUAUUAUCAUUACGGCUGUGAUGGACAGGACGACAGAGGCUGGGGCUGUGGAUACCGGACUGUCCAGACUAUUGGCUCUUGGUUAAAUAAUGUUUCUCACAGGGGGAAAUCCAGACCUCCAACAAGUCUCCCUGAAAUCCAGCAAACUCUAGUUACAGUAGGAGACAAACCCGCAUCGUUUUUAGGCUCUAAAGAGUGGAUAGGGACCUACGAGGCAGCUCUGGUUCUUGAUCAGCUGUAUGAUGUCCCAUGCCGGCUGGUGCACGCACGCAGUGGGGGACCAGAGCUCGAGCAAGCGGCUCAGGAGCUGCACCAACAUUUCCUCACUCGCGGAUCGCCUGUGAUGAUGGGUGGAGACAGGGACAACUCCUCCAAAGGCAUUCUGGGUGUGUGCACCGGGAAAGAAGGCAGCUAUCUGCUGAUAAUGGAUCCGCAUUAUUACGGUCCUGUUCUGAACAAGGAGUCUCUGCAGAAGAACGGCUGGGUGGCGUGGAAACGUGUUCGCUCUCUCGAUCAGAGCUCUUUCUAUAAUCUUUGCCUGCCACAAACAUAACGGUUAAUCUGAUUCCUCUUAUUAGUUAUGCCUCACGUUCGCAAACCUAAAGGGAAAAAAACACAAAUAAGGUGCAGAAUAGAGGGUAUUCUAGGACCAAGGUUCGGAAAUCUUGUGUUGAUUUUUACCAAUUACCAAACUGUUUGUUCAAUUAUCUUCAGUAAACACUGAAACACUCUAUCCUGCUCA